UCGCGUUCUCGCGAGAUGACAGUCGGGGUUGAGGAGAAAGCGUAGCGUGUUUGUUUGGAUUUUCGCAGGCAAAAUGAGGGCUGUUUACGGCUUGGUUUGCUUUUUGGGGUUAUUUUCACACGCGUCGGCUUCUUCGGACGUGUUUGAUAGCGUGUUGGGGAACACAGCAUCCUGUCAUAAAUCCUGUGCGAUGACGUACGCUUUGCACACUUAUCCACGGGAGGAGGAACUCUACGCCUGUCAGAGAGGUUGUCGUCUGUUCUCCAUUUGUCAAUUUGUCCGCGACAGCGACGAUCUGAAUCAAACCAAAUCCGAGUGUGAAGCAAGCUGUCAUGAAGCCUACACCCAGUCAGAUGAGCAGUUUGCAUGCAAUCUGGGCUGUCAGAAUCAACUUCCCUUUGCUGAACAACGCCAAGAACAGUUGGAGGCCAUGGUGCCCAGGAUUCACUUGCUGUACCCCCUGACUCUUGUCAUUGGGUUUUGGGACGAUGUUAUGAAUCAGGCCCACAGCUUCAUCACUUCCUCGUGGACGUUUUACUUUCAGGCUGACAAUGGCAGAGUUGUCAUAUUUCAGACUGUCACUGAACCACAAGUCAGGUUUCCCCCCGAGUUUGAGCUGGAUGAAGAGGAGCCACUGAACAGUUUUACUAGUUUGAACACCCCAGUUUACAAAGAACACCGUCACACCUUAAUCCAAGAGAGAGACAGAAAUCUGAGUGCAGAUGGCGAUAAGGCUGAAAACAACUUCUUUGGUUGUCUCUCAAGCAGGAACCCUUGGAUAACUGGAUGGAUUCUAACCACAACUCUGAUCCUGUCUAUCGUGGUCCUGAUCUGGAUCUGCUGUGCCACACUGACUACUGCUGUAGAUCAAUAUGUAUCCACUGAGAAACUGAAUAUCUACGGUGACGGGGAGUACUUUCAGGAAAAGAAACUGACUCCAUAUCCAGCUUCCUCCCUUUUGAUCAUCACCUCCAAAGGGCUAGAGGAAGAAGCUGGACCACUCCCUUCCAAAGUGGACCUGGGCCAGUCCAACAUCUAGAAGCCAAAGCUAUUGGUGAAGGGAUGUGUUCAAAAUAAAUAGCUUUGUGUUGAUUUUUACCCUGUUGCACAAGAUCUGUUCUUCGUACGAUCUAUAGGAGUAAAUAUUUGUAGAACCUACCGGUAUUCUUUUCAUAUCUUUAAGGUAUUUAAAAUUGGAGUGAUGGAACUUUUUCUCCCCCUCUGUAUUUUAGUAUAAUUAAGAUAAUAUACAAUGGUGACCCUGGUACACAUAUGGUAUAUAUCAAACAAGUUAUGGAUUUUUUUCCUCCUAAUUUUGUUUGCAUUAACUGUCAAUGUGCUUAUUUUAUUUUGAAUGGUGAUUGAACUGUUUGCACCUUGAAGUGUGACAGGUUUAAUUUAAUCUCGCCACGUUUGGUAACGGAUGCUGACUCGCAUGAUUUUCAUAUGGAAAACAAGUUGAAUUUUACAGUAAAAUUUCAUGGUUUUUUCAUGUGAUUAGUGACGGGAAGUGAGUCUAACUGCUGUGGUCAGUUCUCACAAUGAAGGUGCUUCUGAAAUAAAGGCUGAGUAAAAUUCUU